CCUUUUUCCCAAAACUCGCGGUGGCGACUGCGUUAGGGUUUUCCAGUAGUGGAGAGAGGAAAGGAAGAGAGAAGGGAGAGAAGAUGAGUAAGCCGGCGAAAGUUGCCCCCAAGGGCAAGAAGAAGGGAGCAAGCUUCGUUAUCGACUGCGCGAAGCCCGUGGAAGACAAGAUCAUGGAGAUAGCGUCCUUGGAGAAGUUUUUGCAGGAGAGAAUCAAGGUAGGAGGCAAGGCUGGUGCCCUCGGUGAUUCUAUUACCAUCACUCGGGAUAAGACCAAGAUCACCGUUACCUCCGACAAUCCCUUAUCCAAGAGGUACUUGAAAUAUCUAACUAAAAAGUACUUGAAGAAGCACAAUGUAAGGGAUUGGUUGCGUGUCAUUGCAUCGAACAAAGAUCGCAAUGUCUAUGAGCUGCGAUACUUCAACAUUGCCGAGAAUGAGGGUGAGGAAGAGGAUUGAUUGGUAAUUAGGUUUCAGUGUGUUUUCCUUUCGGCAGACCAGGUUUUUUUUUUGGGACAUCAUACGAUGGUACCAGUUUUGUUUAUGGAACUUAUCAAUGUUUCCGAAUUAGCCCAAUUAUUCCCUUUUUAUUGCUCUGUGUGUUAUAUUUUUGGUA